AUGCACCUCUGCUCUCUUCUCUCCUUUCCCCUCCCCACGUCCUGUCUGCUUCUCCCUGCCUUUCCACUUCCUCUCCGACUUUUACGCAUCUAUCCAACUCUGCAUCACCCAUCUGUGAGCUGCCUGAUCGUUAGCCCACCCUGCACAGGUCCUAACGAAAGCACCUUCACGCUGGAUUCCUACACCCCCGUGCGUUCUUAUCGCAGUCCACGCUCCUCACCGAGGCCACAAUCUCGUCGCCUGCCGCCACAAAGCAAGCGAAGCUCGAGUCGCUUCUGUUCCGCGGCCGCCAUCGUUGUUCUCGUUCUCUGUGUCAUCUACAUCGCUACGCUGGCCACCCGCGUGCUUCCCCGGCUCUCUCUCGCCGUCUUUCGCGGUUCGACCCGGCCUCAGAUCCCGUUUUUGACACAGCUCAAGGACCAACUACACAACUACCCAUCGCCCGCGUCACAACUCUACUUUUCGUCGUCAAGCCCGACUGUAGCGACCUACCAGCCCAUCUUUACGAAUCCUUCGAUUGAAAGCAUGGCCGACAAGUACAAGAACCCACCCCAGGCCCCGCCUACCUUCACGGGAACCAAGGAGAGCAUUCUGGCCGACGCCAAGGCCAUCUGCGAUCGCACCCGUGCCAUGCUCGACAAGGUCGUUGCUGACGUGCCGCCUGUGGCCGACGACAGCAAGACCACCUUCGACACGGUUUUUGGUCCCCAGGUUGAAGACGAGAACGGCGUCUCUCUCUCCGCCCACAUUCUUGGGUUCUACCAGUAUGUGUCGGCAGACAGUGAGCUGCGUGACGCCAGCACAGAGGCUACGCGCCUGAUGGAUGAGUUUGGCAUCGAAUGCAACAUGCGCGAGGACGUCUUCAAGGUCGUCGACGCCACUGUGCAAACCUACGGCGGUGUAGAUGCCCUGGAAUCGACCGGUGGCAAGGUGGGAGGUGCGGUCACGCCGCUCAAUCCGGAGAGCGCUCGCCUUCUUGUCCGUGAGCACAAGGGCUACAUCAAGAAUGGCCUGGGUCUCCCUGCGGGUCCCGAGCGCGACCGCUUCAAGGAGAUCAAGAAGCGCCUGAGCCAGAUCCAAAUCAAUUUCCAGAAGAACCUCAACGAGGAGAACGGCGGUAUCUGGUUUACACGCGAGGAGCUCGACGGCGUGCCGGCCGACUUGAUUGACGGCCUCGACAAAGGUGAGGACGGAAGCGACAACGCCGGCAAGGUCCGCCUGUCGUUCAAGUACCCCGACUUGUUCCCUGCUCUCAAGUUUGCAAAGAACCCGGACACCCGCCGGCGUAUUUUUAUCGACAACGAAAACAAGUGCAACGGCAACGCUGCACUGUUCCGCGAAGCCGUACUGCUGCGCGACGAGGCCGCCCGCAUGCUCGGCUACCCGAACCAUGCGGCCCUGCGCCUCGAGGACAAGAUGGCCAAGGACGUCAAGACGGUUGAUGACUUCCUAGGCGAUCUGCGCAACCGUCUGGCUGCUGGAGGUGUCAAGGAGAUUGACCACCUGCUUGCUCUCAAGAAAGCUGACACGACUGAGCUGGGUCUGCCAUUCGAUGGCAACUACUACCUCUGGGACCACCGCUACUACGACCGCCUCAUGAUCGAGAAAGAGUUUAGCAUUGACGAAAACGAGAUCGCCGAGUACUUCCCGCUGCGUGCGACUGUUGCUGGUAUGCUUGAGAUCUUCGAGGAGCUGUUCGGCUUCGUUUUUGUCGAGCUCGGUCCUGAAGAGCGCGCCCGGAUCAGUCCUACCGGCCGCGCGGAGGACAUUGUGUGGCACGAGGACGUCAUUGUCUUCAGCGUCUGGGACGACAAGUCGGAGGGCGAGGGCUUUGUCGGUUACCUGUAUCUGGAUCUGCACCCGCGCCAGGGAAAGUAUGGCCACGCCGCCAACUUCAACAUGCAACCCGGCUUCAAGCAGACCAACGGCACCCGCCGGUACCCAGCCACGGCGCUUGUGUGCAACUUCAGCAAGCCGACGCCCACGAAGCCGUCGCUGCUCAAGCACGACGAAGUUGUCACACUGUUCCACGAGCUGGGCCACGGCAUCCACGAUCUGGCCGGCCGCACGGAGUUCUCGCGCUUCCAUGGCACGUCAACUGUGCGUGACUUUGUCGAGGCGCCGAGCCAGAUGCUCGAGAACUGGUGCUGGAGCCCGCCGCAGAUAAGGCCCUUAGCAGCCACUACGAGUCGGCUGCACUUUGGCAUGUUCGACAUGAUGGUGCACGCGCCCGAGUCGCACGCGGCCCUCGAGGCCCUCGAGAUUAGCAGCGUGUAUAACGACUUGCGCGCCCAGAUUUCAGGCAUCAAAGGGCCCGAGGCCCAGGGCGAGCCGAGCACCUGGGGCAACGGCCAGGCAUGCUUUGGCCACCUGAUCGGCGGCUACGACGCGGGCUACUACGGCUACCUGUACUCCCAGGUGUACUCGACGGACAUGUUCUAUACAGUGUUCAAGGCCAACCCGAUGAACGGCACCGAGGGUCGGCGGUAUCGGCACACCGUGCUGGAGCGGGGUGGGUCGCAAGACGAGAUGAAGACGCUGGAGCAGUUCUUGGGCCGCAAGCCUAACGGCGACGCCUUUUACAAGGACUUGGGUAUUACAGCAUGA